AUGCCUUUCGAUAUCAAAAAAACAGUGAGGCCCAAUAUCCUCACUCUUGAGCCAUACAGAUGUGCUAGAGAUGAUUUCAAGACUGGUAUCCUCUUGGAUGCCAACGAAAACACCCACGGCCCUGCUCUUACCGAGUUGUCUAAAUCUGAACAAGUCUUAGAGUUGAACAGAUAUCCAGAUCCACACCAGGCUGAGUUGAAACAACAAAUUAUCAAUUUCAGAAACAAAAAGCCAAACAAAUUUGUCAAAGACAUUGAAGCCAAUAAACUCAAAAUCGGCAACUUGUGUCUUGGUGUAGGCUCUGACGAAAGUAUUGAUAUGCUUUUGAGAUGUGUCUGUCAACCUGGAAAGGAUAAGAUGUUGAUCUGUCCUCCUACCUAUGGAAUGUACUCCAUCUGUGCGACAGUGAACGAUGUAGAAAUCGUUAAACUUCCACUUACUACCCCAGGUUUCCAGAUCGAUAUCGAAGGAAUUGCUUCCAAGGUUACCGGAGACCCCAAUAUCAAGCUUGUGUAUUUGACGUCGCCGGGCAACCCUACCGGGAAAUUGCUUGCUGUAGCCGAUGUCAUCCAAUUGUUGGAGAAGGUAGCUCCAGUGUGGAAUGGCUUCGUCAUCGUCGAUGAAGCUUAUAUCGACUUCACCAUCUCUCCGGACUCGAACUAUAGCGAGUCGAUGUCUACUUUAGUCAAUGAACACGAGAACUUGGUAGUGUUGCAGACUUUAUCCAAGUCUUUCGGUUUGGCUGGCAUCAGAUUGGGUGUGACUUUCUGCUCCGAGAAAUUGUCCUACUACUUGAACUCAAUGAAGUACCCAUACAACAUCUCAUCUCUCACCUCAGACGUUGCAAUCAGAGCUACGGGUGAAGAGACUGGGUUGGCAACUAUGAGCAAAUACGUAGCUAACAUCAUAGAACAAAGAGAUCAGUUGUUGAAGAACUUGCUUGCCCUCGAUGGUGUAGGAAACAACAUUGGAGGUCUAGACUCUAACUUUUUGCUCGUUGAAAUCGUCGACAAAGAUGGGAAGCCUAGCAAUGAAGUUGCCCAAGCUCUCUACAACACUUUGGCGGUAGAUAACCAGGUCGUGGUUAGAUUCAGAGGUAAGGAAUUGAACUGUACUGGUGCUUUGAGAGUAUCAGUAGGCACAGAGGAAGAGAACAAAAUUUUGAUUGAAAAGUUUGUCAAGUGUCUUGCUGAAGUAAGAAAGUAG